AUGAUCGUUCUUUGCUGGUUAAAAAAGGCUCCUCAUUUGCUACGCACAUAUGAGGCUAAUAGAGUAGCUGAUAUUCAAACAUUAAGUAACGAAGUCGAUUGGAGACAUGUACGUUCAAAGGAUAACCCAGCUGAUUCGCUAUCUCGAGGGAAUUCUCUCUGGACUUCAGGUCCUCAAUGGCUGGCUUCGUCGAACGACAACUGGCCUCAACCGCCAAAUUCAUGUCCUAAUCAAUUACCAGGAUUCAAAGAUGGUAUUGUUUUAAUUACUGCCCUGGUAGGAAGUUCUAUUUAUUCCCGAUUUUCCGAUUAUGGUUGCCUGAUUCGAUCAGUCGCCUAUCUUCUUCGUUGGAAGAGAAAGGGUCCGUUACCGAAAAAUAUUCCAGAUACUGGUAGAUCCCGCAGAGGAAUCCGUUAUCUUACGCCUGUUGAAAUAGCUCAUGCUGAGCUUCUCAUUCUCCGUCUAAUACAACGUGAAAAUUUUAGCGCUGAAUUGAAACUUCUUGAUGCCGCUCGAACUAAAAAUCCAAAUAAAUUCAAGGGCUCUUUUAAAAGUCAAACUAAAUUUGACGAACUGAACCCUUUUAUUGACGAUGAUGGUUUGUUUCGAGUAGGGGGUCGUCUCAAGCAUUCUGAUUUGCUCUUCAAUCAGAAACACCCAGUACUGCUGCCAAAUAAUCAUCACGUUUCUAAUCUUAUAAUUCGUGAUGCCCAUCAUCGCAAUCUCCACGGUGGAGUUCAAUCCACUCUCUACGCUGUACGUGAAAGAUUCUGGAUUCUUAACGGAAAGAACCAAAUUAGACACUUCCAGAUAAUCGUCUGACUCCGUAUCAGCUCAUAACCAAGGCCAGACAAGAUUUUUGGAGCAAGUGGCACAAAGAAUAUUUACACGAACUUCAAACGAGACAAAAAUGGUUGAACUCUACUGCCACUUUAGUACCCGGUACUGUCGUUGUGUCAAUGGAGGACAACUCCGCGUGCGCAAGAUGGCCGCUGGCUGUGGUCGUCGAGGUUCACCCUGGGAGCGAUGGCAUUGCUAGGGUAGCUACCAUCAGGACAGCGUCCGGAGUCUACAAGCGAAACAUUACUCGACUUUGUAUUUUACCUAUAGGUCAAAAAGAUGAGCUUCCGU